GUAGCAAAAACCCGAGACGCCAUGUCUCCUCGCUACGCCAUCGCCCGCGCCGACGGCGGCGCCUACUCCCAGCACAUCUCGCAGGUCGCGCUGCCGUGCCCCGGCGUGGCGCUCCUCCUCAACACCGUCAUCGACUGCCGCCCGGGCGAGGACCGCAUGCCGCCGGUCACGAUCGACUUCCUCACGAGCCUGCCGGCGGCGGCGGGCGGUGGCGGCGUUCCCCAGCUGGCCGGGCGCUUCCAGUGCGACAGCGGCGACUUCGUCCUCUUCAACCAGCUCCGGCGGGUGGCGGAGAUGGUGGCGGCCGCGGGGCUGCCACCGGAGUGCGCGCCCAGCGUGUACGACUUCGUCGGACUGUCCGCCCGCAGCGCCACCAACAGCUUCUUCAAGGCGGUGGCGAUCACCGUGGAGGCUGGCGAGGGCGAGGGCGAGGGCGAGGAGGUGCCGGACGGCGCGGCCACCGGGGAGUGCGCCAUCUGCUACGCGGAGUACUUGGUGGGCGCCGCCACGUCCGUGACCCCGCCGUGCGGCCACACGUUCCACCGCCGCUGCCUCGACCGCUGGACGUCCGUGAGGCGGUCGUGCCCCUACUGCCGCGCGCCGGUGCCGGUGGUGUACGACGACUACUGGUGCGGCGAGGAGGAGGAAGGCGACACCUACACCGAGGAUUACGGCGACGAGGCCCCGAGCGCGGACGCCGCCGCCGUCUGGGGCUCUCAUCAGCCAGCCUAUGCGUCAUAACGUGGUCGAAGCACGGGCCUCGUUCUUCAGCGUGUAGUUUCAGUGGAGGAGAUGCCGCUUAGAUCACGGGAAAUUAAGAAUGAAUUCGAAACUGCAGCUCGUAGUUUUAAAUUCCGGUGUAAUUUCACUCGAAUCAAAUGUUUCUCAUGAUGUAAAUUCCUUUUUGAUACCAACAGCAACAAACCAUGUAGUAUGUGUCAUUGUACUACCACGGGCCCUCUGCCGUUCAGAGUUCAAGCCU